AGGUGGAAGAUAUGGCGGCGCCCAUGGUGCACGUGCGCGGAUAAACACACAGGUGAACACGCGGGGAUGGAUAUAUCAAACUUCAACUCAAGACAGGAGCGAAAUAUUGUAAAAGAGAAGAGGAUGGAUGCGGUGCCUACGAAGCCAAAGAAAGCGCACAAGCGGAUCUCGAGGAACGAGAACGAAACGUCGAUAAAGAAAGCGAAGACGAACGGAUCUCCCGAGGAGGUGGUCGAACGUGACGUGGUACGGGAGGAUUUUGAUAAAAAUGACACGAAGGCUGAGGCCGUUUGCAGCGACAGGCAGGAUACGUUUACCGGACACUCGCUGAGGACGUUUCUUUCCUCCCCUUCCGCCGACCUGACCGCGCUGAGGAAGUUCGUGACGAUAUGCAACGAGAACAAGGAGAGGGAUCUGGCGGCGGAGUAUCUGCUCGCCGGCGGCAGCGUCCUCGAGGUUCUGAGGCUGUUAGAGUCAUCCGAUAAGAAGAAUACUGCCAGUGCUACCACUGUCUUCUCUGCGAUCCACAUUUUACUCAUGAGAAUUUUGACCGAGUACCCACAGCGUCGCAGUAGCGCGAUAGAGGCCUGUCGCCACCUAAUAAACUCUUACAUGUCCAUCGUGCACUCCAUGCUCUCGACUCAGAGCAGUGCCAAGCAACGCAAGGUGGUGCUGAGGCUGCUAGCGGCGAUAGCGUCCCUGGACAACGGUCUGUCCAAAGAGCUGCUUAUCCAUCUGUCGCUGCAGCAGCAAACAUUGGAAAGUCUAGCGCAAUACACCAAGCCCACGGAUUCUCAAAGCGUUAGAACGUGCUUCAUUCACUUUGUUCUUGCGUUCCUCGUGGAGGGGAACACGCUGGUGAUCAGAACGCUCUUGGACAAGCGCAAUCUGCUCUGCUGCGUCUUCUCGGAUUUGUUGUACGAUUCGAAAGACGUCGUCACCUUGGUUCUGACCACUGUCAAGACGUACGUGCUGGAGAACGUCGGCGUUAGUAAAACGACCAAGCUGCAUGUAUUUUCCGUGCCCGCUGUAUUGAAUCUGAUAUUGUUGUACAACUGGAAAGGCCCGAACAACUGGCCUAAAAACAAAACUCACAGUUUCGAUGGGAGCGACAACUUUUUAGCGGACAAGGAGGUCAUUAGUGACAUGGUUCACGAGUUCUUAAUCACUUUGUUAACGUCGCAUCGUCAUGGAAUUGUUUUCCAUGACCGAACACUGGGUGGUUCGCGAAGUAAGCACAAUCAAUUGGUACAUACAGUCCUUCAGAACCUGGAGAAGCCUUGGGAACAUGAAAAGCCGUCAGAUCUGAUUGUUAGGAUAAUGGGCGCCUGCCCGGAUUUAAUUCGCUCGCAGUAUAAUGCUAUCGAGCCAUUUCUUGAACCCAGAGUGUCAUCCAAGUGGGUUUGUCUUCUCAAAUUUAUAGGGAAGAUAGUGAAAUCAGUCGACCCGGUUAGCUGCAUCAAAACUUGCACUGGAGAACUGAAAGCAAACAAUUUAAUAAGUGCAUUACUGUCUCUGGCGGUUCCAAACAUGAUUGUGAAAGUCGCUGUCUUACCAGGAUUAGAUCACGAUAGUCUUUCUGUUAGACACGAGGCUUUAUCUCUUCUCCUAAUAAUGGCUGAUCAGUUGAAAGCCAUUUCUUUAGCUACGAAAGAGUUCUAUAAAACAUCUACGGUCCAAAGUCAGAUAACGGAUUUAAUUCUGAGAACUGUUCCCACAUUGGAAACUAUCUUGCAAAUGUGGAACCGAGCUUUUGAAAAUGACACUAAUAUAAAGACUUCGGAAAACGUAGAAAACAUUCAGCGCCCAGAAUUGGUAGACCAUCUCGAUAUUAUCUUGAGCGUUCUUCAUUCGUAUCAAGAUAUAUGUCCAGAAUCAUUAGAUAUCUCGACUAAUUUACAACCUAAUUUGUUGCUAUCGAGUUUAAGUGGUCUUCAAGACGAUCAAGACGACGGAGAUACCAUCAGGACAGAGAAAGUAAAUUGCAUGAAGGUCAAGACAAUACAAUUUCUGCUCGCUUUGGAUUCUUCCAUUUUUGCACCAAAAGAAAAGGCUUUCAAGGAAGCCCUCGUCUUCUUGAUAUCUCUGACCCGUCAGAAAGAUCCCUCACCGGGCAGCUACAAUGCUACUAGAACGCUGCUCAAUGCAACGGGUUUGUUUGAAGCCUGUGAAGAUCAGCUGGAUAUUUGGAUCAAUGGUUUCUCCGUGGUUGCGGAUUCCAAGGAGAAUGAACAGUUGACGCAGUGGUUCAUGUCUGUCUUGAAAAGCGCUAUUAAACACAUUGACACGUAUAUAAGUAUAACAACACAAAAGGAAGAAGUGAUAAACGAUCAGAUAGCUAAUCUCAACGUUAAAACAGCGGAGGAUAUAAUUAAUGAGCUGUUUGACAAAACUGACAAAAUCAGUCCCUACCAGGAAGAAUUUUCUACAGUAGGGUCGUCUUUAGUUAACGGACAAUUUAGUCUUGUCGAGAAGGAUGAUGCAAUUGACGAUAGCCUUUUUUAUAAGUUUAAACAAGAAAAUGCAAAAAAUACUGCUAAACAUGCUAAGUGUACAGCACAGAGAAACGAGCAAGUGACGAACUUUGACAUAAAGGAGAUAGAGGAUAUGAUCCAUCGGUUACUUGAUAAGGCAAAUCCACAAAGCUUCCCUUUAAACAAAAACCAUCUCAAUAAGAUAUUGUCUACAUCGAUGCCAUCUUUAAUGGGUGAAUUUAGUAAUUCUAAUGUAAAGGAAACUAAUGAGGUGAUUGAUGAAGAAAAUGUCGAUCCUUGCAGAAUGCAAGCUUGCACGGCAAUGUCACCACUUCUGUGCUGUGCACUGCAAAAGAUGAGUGAGAAAAAUUGCACCACCACGAUCUUGGCUUAUUUAUCCUACGUAACAAUCCAUACUCUACAUUAUCAGGUCGUACCGGAUCUACUGGUUUAUAUGGCAAAAGACUUGACCAAGUCAAGAUGGCAAGAUUUGCCGGUUCAUAAAUACCUGCAAAGUUGGUCAAGUAAGAAGCAACCUAUUUCUUUGAAAAAUAAGUUGCCGUCUUUAAGAUUAUUGCAUAAACUUAGCGACAUAUUGUUGGCAGAUUCCGAGGUAGACUUGACUGAACUUUCUAAAUUAUUUAACAAGGGUCGUUCGACGUAUUGUUUUAAGUACAGCGGCAAGGAAGUCACUAUUAAGCACUCCUUAUCUGUGUACGAUGUCAAGACUUUAUUGAAGAUGACUGUAUUUUAUUUAGCACAGUUAGCGCAGUCGAAACUCUUACGGCAGGCCCAAAACGAAAAUUGCAAGCUUAUGCUUGCAUGUUUAUUAAGCGUUUCUGCUGAAUUGAAUGAGGAAAGCCUAGCAACACUAGAAGACAGUGCAAGAUGUAUCUUCACUCAUCCUGUUCUGUUGCAUUAUUUCUCGCCAUUUUGUGAAGAAGUCUCGAAAGAUUCGGCGGAAUAUAUGAUCACGGAAACUAUUCUGAAAGUCUGUGAGUCUGUCUUACAUUUGUACAAGAAACACGAUAACGCGGGGACUUGUAUUUUUUUUGCGUUUAGAGACAAGUUCCUCGCGGAAUUGAGGAAUAUUAUUGAAAGGAAUCCCUUGGAAGUCUGCAGUAAUAAUUACGGUAUUGCCAUUGACUUAUUGAAAGUAUUACAGCUGGACUCGAGGGAUAUCACAGGUUUGUUAUGUGCUAUCAUGAAGUUGGAGAAGAUUGUAUUUAUUUCGAGCAACAAGGAAAACCUUUCCAUAUUCGGACACGUUGUCCCGGUAUUGCUGGAUCUGUAUUGCAGCAAGGAGUCAGAAUCGCACGACACGUUGAACGAGCAGUUUGUAGAAAGGUUUAGCUUACACUUGGUUCACCUGAAAUCCAGUAAGUUAAAUCACGUGGAAAUGUGGGAGCAAGCCUUGGCAAGAUACUUAUCCAUCUCUCCGCGCAAUGUUUCCGGUGUCAGUACCAAUAAUUUUGCAUUACUGCUGACGAGAAGUAUCACCGCGUCCACGAUUCAACUGAUAACGACCUUGAUCACCAAGAAUACCCGGCUGAUUCCUUCGCUGGUCAAGUACUUUCUUAAGGUGGAGAACGUGAAGCAAGGUGACGUUGCGUUUCCAAUAUUGGGCAGCAAUUUGAAGUAUAAAUGGAACGAAAAGUUUCUUCAAAGUCUUUACGAGCGUUACGGCAGCGACAUCGCCGCGUAUAUAACCGAGCCACAAAACCCUGUUCCCUGGAUCGAAGAAAACGUGGCAGCGAUCGUCCAUCUCAUCGAUAGCACCUUCGAUAUUGCUCUGUGCGGGAGAAUUUGCGACGAUGUUUCUCAGAACGGCGAUAAACUGGACAUGGUGUCCAUUUGUUUUGUGCAGUUGCUGGAAAGCGUAUAUAAGAGGUACGAAAGUUUGAUAACGGCUAAGGAGAAAUCUCUGAUGGACCUGAUAAAGGUCUUGUUGCACAUAAUGACCUCGACAUUGAAAAGGGAGCCGAAGAACAUAGAGAAAAUCAAUGUCUUGUGCGAGAAGCUGAAUCGCGCGGUGAUUCGCUUGAAAAGGACUGAGGAUAACUUCGUAUUUAGUUCACUGAGCAAGAGUUACUCAUGGCCACAAUUUACUAGGUUUUCCUUAAAAUUAGGUCUAAAGGAUGCUAAGGACGAGGCGACUCAGUCGAACGUAUUGAAGACCCUGAGCAAUUUAUGUGAUAUCGCUUAUGAAGAUAAUGUCGAUGAUGAGUAUACGAAGACCCUGUUCGAAAUGGUAACGUCCCAUUCGGAGUUUGUUAAUAUUAUGCUUGGAUCGCCCGCUAUUAAAGGUGACCUGGUCGAAUUACUCGGAAUACUCAUUCGAAAGAAUCAUUCUGUAAUGACUGCUUUGCACGUACCUCUUUAUCUCGCGGCUUAUAAUGCCACCCUUUGCCACGUUGACCAGCGCCUUUUGCAGAUUCUUCAGUAUUAUGAAGCUCAUCAUGUCAAACUCCAACAGUACUGGCCGUACUUAUGGGGUAGCGCCGCAGCAACACGUUACAGUGUAAAGGGAGAGACGGAUACUGUUCUGUGGAGGCAACCUUCCACUUCCGAGGUCUUCAAUUUGUUCAAUAAGGACAUUGUCAGUGAGACUAUAAAAAAUUAUCCCAUACACCGAACAAUGAAGAGUGAUGAAUUACACGAGAACAGUAAUGUAUAUGAUCCGGCAUUUUAUCUGCCAUUGCUGUGUACCCUAUUAGCAGAAAAUAAUAUCGUCGCGUGUCACAAAAUAAGCCAGAGCGGUGCAUUGGCGUUAGUGCUUGCUGCGUGCUGCAGUGAUUCAAGCGAUAUUCGGAUGACAGCAUACACUAUCAUCUCUAGAUACUACUUUCACUUGGAAGCGUCUAAAUCUAAGGAAAAGUUAUUAUGGAUGCGCCUAAUUGAUGCUUUGCGAAAUGGAGUCAUUUCCUUAAAAUGUCCAUUGAAGGAUGUCCGGCUGAGUUGCCUGAUGACUACUUUCCUAGCUAGGGCCUCAUUGAUCGCCAGUCAACCUCUGCAUCCACUUUAUUCGCCGUUGCACAUCUUCCUAAUGGCCAAAACUGCGCUGGACGUAAAUACCAUACCGGAGCUGCUGCAGUUGUUGCACAGUUCGCAUGUGGAGCAUAACGUGCACCGGCACUGGAUAUUAGAAAAUAUCCGGGACGGUAUGAAGGAGGAAAACGAUGUAAAUGUGGCCCUGAAAUGCGUGUUGUUCAAAAUUCUCCUAGAUUUUCAUACUUGUGCACUAUCGGAUGUUAAGACCAAGAAAUUAAUUUUGGAAGUUAUCGCCUGUACUACCAAAAUUCCCAAAGCAUCCUUAUUCCUCACACGAGGAUAUGGCAUGGUUCCUUGGCUGCACGAGAUUGUCAACCACUUGGAUAAUUAUGAAACGGAAAUCGGAACCAUUAUUACUAUAAUUGAGAAUUUACUGAACACUCUAGAUAGUACGGCGCAGGAUAUUAAUCAUUACAAAACUCUGUUAUCUAGCCUCCUUUUGCUAUUAUAUACGCAUUCAAAGAAUAGACACAAAGUUGACGUUAUUUAGUGUAUUUUCUCGCAAUGGUUAUUUUUGAAAUACAACAAAACAGAUGCAUAUAAAAAA